AUGGACAACAAUGUGGCCGAAUCCAGUGUUCUCCCAUGGGACACAUCUGUGGGAAAUCGUUUCGCUCACUAUUCUCCUGAGAACCACAGUGCGACAGUGUGGAUUGCGGCGGCUUUGGCAUUGACCUAUGUAGUAGGUGUGUUGUUGAUUCGAGUCUUCAUCAAGUGGAGAGUGUUCGGGUGGGACGACAGCCUCAUUGUCAUCAGUACGGCGCUUGCGUUUGUACAGAGCAUCGUUGUGUUCAGUGCGCUCAAGAAUGGCCUCGGCAAGUUCAAGCCAAGUAGCUUGCCUACAGCAGGUGCUGAUAGAUUACAGCUUGCAUUUUCGUCUCGUGCGCUCUUUGUAGCUUCGCAUUACUUAGCAAAGCUGUCAGUCCUGUUCCUCCUACGAAGGUUGUUCGUUCGGGACCAGAAGAACACCGCUCUGCUCUGCGACAUCACAAUCGCCCUAACCACGCUGAGUGGUAUUGUUUCAGUACUCGUCAGCACCAUACGAUGUCCUUCGUCAUUGUUCCUUACCAAGCACUGCCAUGGCCAGAUCGCUCGUUGGAGCCUAGUUACCGCACUAGAUGUUACCAGUGAAGGCUUGACCCUGAUUUUGCCCUCAUACAUGGUGUGGCAGGUCCAAAUGAAAGUAGAGACAAAGCUUCGUGUCAUCGCAGCGUUCUGCUUUCGACUCGUUGUCAUUGCUCUAUCAGCUGUUCAUCUCGAUCUGUGGAUCAGCUACUCGAAUGGCCAGCCGUCAUCACUCGCUGUUGUACCGACUUUCAUCUUGCAACAAACGCUCAUGGCCACUUCUCUCAUUUCUGCGACGAUCCCGAAUUUGAAAGCAUUUCUGCAAUCACUAUCUGCCAGUUGGGGCGAAGCAGAAUUCAGCAGCGGCUACACAACGAAGGCCUACGGCAAUGGGACAUUCGAGAUGAACAACCUGAACUCUCACGCACCCCCAGCUUCUCGAACAGGUAUGGGAGAUUUGUAUUCCGCAAAAAGCCACCCAGACUUUGAGACACAAGUCACAACUUCGCAACGGAUUGCUGGCGAACGGAGUUCGCUUGGAAGUGGCGAGAGUCAGGAUCUGAUCAUCCGCAAAGAGACCGCUUGGACCGUGGAGCGGAUUUGAGUGAACGAAGAGUUGGAAGACGUUCUGACAAAGCACCCUGGAAACGAUCAACAGAGCCCACAAGAAACAUCCUAUCGCUGAAAAACCUCCGAUCAGAUUUGUAUUGAUUGAUGCAGGUCCCGCGCCGCAACCAUAAAAAGUAUAGAAAAUGAUAAGGGUAUAAAACUUCUUUCCUAUGGAAAAUUAUGC